UAUAUAUAUAUAAAGAGUAAAAAUGAGGGUUCCUGUAUUUGAGGAUGUGAAAGAUGAAACUGAAGAAGAAAAAACAGGGGAAGAAGAAAAUGAAGAAGACAAGGUAUUCUUUAAGCCUGUUAUUGAAGACCUGAGUAUGGAGUUGGCCAGAAGGUGCACUGAACUCAUUAGUGAUAUCCAUUAUAAAGAAGAGUAUAAAAAGUCUAAAGGCAAGUGUACGUUUGUGACUGACACGCCUAUGCUAAACCAUGUAAAACACAUUGGUGCUUUUAUUUCUGAGGCAAAAUACAAAGGUACCAUUAAGGCGGACCUUUCCAAUUCUCUUUAUAAGCAGAUGCCAGCCACAAUUGACAGUGUCUUUGCCAGAGAAGUUACACAACUACAGAGUGAGAUUGCCUACAGGCAGAAGCAUGAUGCUGCCAAAGGAGUCUCAGAUUAUGCCCACAUGAAGGAGCCGCCUGAGAUCCAACAUGCCAUGGAGGUCACUAAGCACCAGAGUAAUAUUUUUUAUAGAAAAGAUGUACAGGACACCCACAUGUAUAACGCAGAGCUUGACAGACCAGACAUCAAGAUGGCGACACAGAUCUCCAAGAUCAUAAGCGAUGCUGAAUACAAGAAAGGGCAAGGAGUAAUGAAUAAAGAGCCUGCUGUAAUUGGAAGACCAGAUUUUGAACAUGCUGUGGAAGCUUCUAAACGUUCUAGUCAAAUUAAAUACAAAGAAAAAUUUGAUAAUGAAAUGAAGGAUAAGAAACAUCUUUACAAUCCUCUUGAAAGUGCUUCUUUUAGGCAAAGUCAGCUGGCCACUGCCCUGGCGAGCGAUGUGAAGUACAAGAAAGACUUUGAGAAUAUGCAUGACCCAGUUUCAGGUCUCCCAGACUUGUUCUUAGACCACGCUUUGAAAGUCAGCAAAAUGCUAAGCGGACGAGAAUAUAGAAAGGUUUUUGAGGAAAACAAAGGCCUGUAUCAUUUUGAUGUGGAUGCUGCGGAACACCUGCACCAUAAAGGCAAUGCCAUGCUCCAGAGUCAGGUGAAAUACAAAGAAGAGUAUGAGAAAAAUAAGGGGAAAUCGAUGCUUGAAUUUGUUGAGACACCGUCGUAUCAAGUUUCAAAGGAGGCUCAGAAGAUGCAGAGUGAGAAAGUUUACAGAGAGGAUUUUGAGAAGGAUAUUAAAGGAAGGUCAUCAAUGGAUUUAGACAAGACUCCAGAGUUUUUACAUGUAAAGUACAUCACCAACCUUCUGAAGGAGAAAGAAUAUAAAAAGGAUUUGGAAAAUGAAAUAAAAGGGAAAGGAAUGGAGCUUAAUUCCGAAGUACUUGAUAUUCAAAGAGCAAAACGAGCAUCUGAAAUGACUAGUGAGAAAGAAUACAAGAAAGACCUGGAAUCAGAAAUUAAAGGGAAGGGAAUGCAAGUUGGCACUGACACCCUUGGAAUUCAGCAUGCCAAAAGAGCUUCCGAGAUAGCGAGUGAGAAAGAUUAUAAAAGAGAUCUGGAGACUGAAAUUAGAGGGAAAGGCAUGCAGGUGAGCACAGACACUCUCGAUAUCCAGAGAGCCAAGAAAGCAUCUGAAAUGGCCAGCCAGAAAGAAUAUAAGAAAGACUUAGAAAAUGAAAUUAAAGGGAAAGGAAUGCAAAUGAGCAUGGAUAUCCCGGAUAUGCUUCGAGCCAAGAGGGCAUCUGAAAUCUAUAGCCAGAAAAAGUAUAAAGAUGAGGCAGAGAAGAUGCUUUCUAGCUAUUCUACUGUGGCAGAUACUCCUGAAAUUCAGAGAAUUAAGACAACUCAACAAAACAUUAGUGCGGUAUUUUAUAAGAAAGAAGUAGGAGCUGGCACAGCAGUAAAAGAUACUCCUGAGAUUGAACGAGUGAAGAAAAAUCAGCAGAACAUUAGUUCAGUAAAAUACAAAGGAGAGGUGAAACAAGCAACAGCCAUUUCAGAUCCUCCAGAACUCAAGAGAGCUAAAGAAAACCAGAAGAACAUCAGCAAUCUCAGGUACAAAGAGCCGUGUGACAGAGCAACUCCGGUGAGCAUGACGCCCGAGAUAGAGAGAGUGAGGAGAAACCAGGAGCAGCUGAGCACGGUAAAAUACAGAGGAGAGAUUAAACAGGCGACUGCAAUUUCUGAUCCACCAGAGCUGAAGAGAGUGAAAGAAAACCAGAAGAACCUCAGCAAUGUUUAUUAUAAAUCUCAGAUGGGAAGAGCUACAGCCUUAAGUGUAACUCCUGAAAUGGAAAGAGUAAAGAAGAAUCAAGAAAAUAUUAGUUCGGUAAAAUAUACCCAGGACCAGAAACAGAUGAAAGGUAGACCAAGUCUGAUUUUAGAUACACCUGGUCUCAGACAUGUCAAAGAAGCUCAAAAUCAUAUUUCAAUGGUGAAAUAUCAUGAAGAUUUUGAAAAGACAAAGGGAAGGGGCUUUACUCCUGUUGUGGAUGACCCUGUGACAGAGCGAGUGAGAAGGAACACCCAGGUCGUCAGCGAUGCCGCCUAUAAAGGUGUCCAUCCUCACAUCGUGGAGAUGGACAGGAGACCUGGAAUCAUUGUUGACCUCAAAGUUUGGCGCACAGAUCCUGGCUCCAUCUUCGACAUUGAUCCCCUGGAAGACAAUAUUCAGUCUAGAAGUCUACAUAUGCUUUCUGAAAAGGCGAAUCUUUAUAGGAGACAACGGUCUCGGUCUUACUCGAGCAGUACUUUUGGUACAGGGCUGGGAGAUGACAAAUCAGAAAUAUCCGAGAUUUACCGUAGCUUUUCAUGCUGCAGUGAGGUAACAAGACCAUCUGAUGAAGGAGCACCUGUUCUUCCUGGAGCCUACCAGCAAAGCCAUUCUCAAGGGUAUGGGUACAUGCAUCAGACCAGCCUGUCAUCUGUGAGGUCAAUGCAGCAUUCACCAAAUCUAAGGACCUACCGAGCCAUGUACGAUUACAGUGCCCAGGAUGAAGAUGAAGUCUCCUUCAGAGACGGCGACUACAUCGUCAACGUGCAGCCCAUUGACGACGGCUGGAUGUACGGCACGGUGCAGAGAACUGGGAAAACCGGAAUGCUUCCAGCGAAUUACAUCGAGUUUGUUAAUUAGUCGUUUCUCCUUGCCCUUUGAGCUUUGUUCUAAUGUAUUCUAAACCCAAUCUUUUUAAAAGAUAGAAGAUACUUUUAAGACAACUUGGCAAUUAUUUUACAAUAAUCUAUCUUUCCUUUGACAAUUAGAUACGCAGGAAGAAGGAAUGACUUCCAGGCUGAAAAACAGCAGCAUUUUUGGUAAUUGGUAUAAACAAAUAAUUAGGUCUGGAGACCUGGUGCUGCUAGUUGUGUUAAUGGUUCCCUUUGAUUGGCUACUGAACCCUUCUGGGAAAACAUAUUUUUGUAAACUUUAAUAGAGAUGUUGAUUGUCCCUUAAAUGUCACAAAUAUAUGAAACUUCUUAGCUGUCACUUUGGAAUCACCAGAAGCCAGUCCUCUCAAUUCAAUAAUACAGCUGAUAAUUUAAAAACCAUUUAGCUUUCGAGUCACAAGGCGAUUUCCAAUUCCAGUGAAAAUUGCCUAAAUAUAAUAAAUGUAAGCAGUGGAAGAAUGACAGUUCUGUUAAAAUUAUAUUGACUGGUGGCCUUAGGGAUCUAGAAACUUUCAAUGAACAAAGAAAUUUCCUUGUUCCUUGGGCCGACUUGGGUCUAUUUACUUCUCAUUUGUACCGAGGCAUAUCCUAUUCUCCAUUUACAUUCUAUGAACCUAAGUACACGCUUGGCUCCAUAGAAUGUCAGGACCAAAUAACUUCACAGCUGCUCUGCAAAGGGCAAAAUUUAAGGUCAUCUAUGUUAUUUCCCUAAUACUAAUAGCCUUUACCCUGUUGCAUGUCAUGUAGGUUCGAGCUUCUGUAACAUAGGCAGCUGCACUGCCCUGUUCCUGUUAUUCAAACAAAAAGUGUGGCCGAUACCUAAAAGCCCUACCCUCUAGAUGCCAGCUCAGCAGAAAAGCAUAACUUGAAAAGUUGCUUGAGAUUUCUCCUGCCGCAUUGCACUCUAGUUUUGAAGGAUUUACACCUUAGAACAUAGAUGUAUACGCUAGCAAAUAAGUGAUUUAGGCAUUUAUUGAACAGCUUCCAUUAACUUAAUGCCACUGUUGGCUUUAAAGUUAAGAAAACUUCCUAGAAGCCAGUGACAAAGCUGGAAUAUGAAGUGUGCUGGGAGAAACCAAUAAGCAAAAGAUUACCAGCUGCACACAUGGAGAGACAGGUGAUCUGGUUUCUUCUCUGGGAAAACAGUACUCAGAUUCUGGGAUGGAAAUCUAGCUACUGAAAUUGCUUAAUGGAAAGACUUCCUUUCCACUUUCUGGUUUUUAUUUUCUAAAUCACAUUUGGAAGUGAGAGGGGGAUGUCACCAGAGAUUUGACAAAUUGUUCAUUAAAAAAGAAAUCGUUGUCACAUUUUAAUUUUCAAAUGAGUGACUUUGCAGGCUCUUGUUAGAUUCACAGGCAUGACCAUCACAUCAUGAAGUUUUUACCUGGAGUCCACAGUCAAGAUCACUGGAGAGAUUCAUGCCCGUCAGCAACUCUGGGUUUUUCUGAUUGUGCCAUUAGUGAGACUUGCAACAGGGUAGCAGUCAUGUAGGGUCUGACUCUACAGCUGUGAUGAAACUGAAAAAGCAAAAUGUAAUUAUAAACAUGUAUCAAAUAUAUGGGCCUUGGGGAUAUCUGCUUUAAUGAUAUAUUCAAAGAAAUUAACAAAAUAAGCUGUAAAACAUCUUUUCUUGAAAUGCUUAUUAGUCCAAAGGCAAAUAUUAAUUCAUUUACACCUUUGAAAAGUAAGCACAUAGUUUUGAAAUCUGUAGUCUCAUUUUUAUCACGCUAAAAGGGUAAUUAGAUAAGCUUUAUUACACUCAAGCAACAUACUAUAUGACACUGAUGUAAAACUGAGAGGAGAAAAAUUCAGGCAAAUAACUAGAGGUUAUUUGAGGGGGUUUUACAGAUCGCCACAUAAUCAGCUUGCCUGAUUUUCUGUCAUUGAAAUGAUCAGUUGCGAUUCAAUUGAUUAAACCCCAUACUGGUUUUGGUGUCUUAUACACAAACCUACGAAAACAAGCAGAACUUGGAAUAUUCUUGCAAAAAUUCCUUUGCAUUAAAACUGAGGGCAACAAGCUUGCUUAGUUUUAUUAUACCAUUAAAUAAAUAUUUAUUAUUUCACCCAGACAGACUACUUUUUGUGAUUAUAAGAGAGUAGUUGCUGAUUAAAUCUGCAGACUAACUGUGGGACGGGUACACUUUUUGGUAAGUGCCACAUUUAUAGGAAGCUCAAAGGAAUCCAGUUUCAAAUGAUGAUUAUAAUGGGGAAGUAGUCAUAAAGUAACAGCUUGAUGUUUCAUGUUUUUCUCUUCCACUUAUUUUAAAAUCAGAUUCACUGAAUGUCAAAGUCAAUACUUAUUUGGGGAGUAAUUUUCCCCAAAUUUUAAGCUCCACAUAAUGUUUGCAUAGCAAGAUACUUCUGCUUCCAGCCUUUAGGAAUUAAGAACUAAUCAGAAUUUAACUAGAGGGAAGUUAUUUUACAAUAAAGACCGAGGGACAACAAGUUGCACAUGUUCCUGAUGCUAUAAUUUGAUGGUAUUGUCACUGUUAUUAAAGUCUGUCAGGAUAUUAAGCAUCUCAGCAGAAAUACAGAAAACAAUACAUGUAUAAAACCAAAGUGCUAUUUUUACAGCAUCAUUUUCAAGACUGCAUUCUCAAACACCUUUUCCCCUUUCCACACACCGCCCCUCUUGUUUUCAAUUUGGCAACAGUUAUAUCCUACAUAAUGUGACAGCUCAAGAAGGGUUUUAAAAAAACAAGUCUUUUAAAAAUCAAGUUAAAGAGGGCUGUAAAUGCCCAAGCACAGAGAGCAUGCACCUGAUUUUCUAAUUGUGAUGUGUUCUCAAACCUGAUUAAAGCACAAGGGCAGUUUGAUACGCUUUUAAAAGGUUCCGAAAACAGAACUUACAUGGAUCAUCUCUCUCUUGAGCAGAGCAUAGCAACCGAAUAUAUCGCUUGUGGUGUAAGUUUUUGUAGUGAGCGUUUUUACUAAUUCUUGUUCUCUGGGAAAGCUUUCUAUUUCUAACCUGUGACAAGGCACGUCUUCAUGUCUCCUUUUUAUUGUUUACACAUCCACAGCGCAGCCCACUUGGAAAUAAUUAUCCGGUUGUCAGAUCCCCACACUGUCCCUGCAUCUUCUCAGGCUUCCCCCACCUCAGAGACCACACAGGAAUUUGCAAGCACACUUCCCAGGAGCACCUUUCAUGAAUGUGGAUGCGAUUAGACCAGCCCCUCUCUUGCUGCCAGGCUCAUUACUGAGGAUGGCGAACAUACAGUUUUGCCAGUCACGCUACAGUCUUUCUUUCCUUAUCUUUGUCUGUGUUGAGCUCAACAACACUCUGGGAUUUGGGAGGAAAAUCUCCCUAAACACACGGUGGAAGCUUAAGAGGCACAUCUUUUCUUCAGGUUUGCCCAUCCCCAGUGGAAUGUUUUUUAAUGAAAAGAUUAAAGAAAUCGUGUGUGAUCCUUUAAUAACACCCUCUAUAUAAAGUGAAUAUAGUUUAUACCAAAAUUAUAUAGAGAUUAAAAAAUAUUGGUGCCUUUUUGAUUACCCUUGUUUAUUCAUUAUGGUCUUGGAAAGAAAACCAAGCAAGCAAGCAAGCUUCUGCCUAUUCUAUAAUAAUAUUUUAUUAUUUGAUUAUUGGUGUUUUUAUGGUGGAGAAGUGAGAUGCUCCUGAUGGUUAGGAAAGGUGAUGACUGUAUUUUACCUCUAGAGGUUGAGAACUUUAGAAAAUACUGACUUCUUUCGUCUAUUUCUGAAAGUUUCUUUGUGGAUUUAUAUAUAGUUGAGAUGCAUAAACAUAAACUUUAGGUUUGAGAUUUAAAAUACCUAUUGUAAAUUAGAAGAAUUAUGUUAUAAGGCUGAAUUCAAAAAUGAAAUUCACUUCAUAAAUCCAUUAUACCUUAGCUAUUUGCUUCUGAUAAUCUGAAAGUGGCUAGAGUAUGGUUGGUUGGGGUAACCUGACAUGGAGGUGAGAAAGCUUUAGUUAAUAAGAAGCUCUUGUAAACCGAGUGAAGAAUGCUAAAAUGAAAGUCUCUUUUUGAAGUAUUCCACACCCAUUAAAGGUUCUUUCCAGGCAAUUGUCCACUAGCACUGAUUCAAGAAAAUCAAGACAUUGUAUGAUGCUUCUCUGGGCAUCAUUCCCUGAUGCUUAGACUACUGGAUCCACAAGCCUGGAAGGACCCCUGGGGCAAAUCUACACCUCAGUUGUCCUUGUUACUUCCGUAUCUUCAUGGGAAUUUCAUAUGCUUUUUGUGUUUGAUAUAUGGUAUUCAAUUUGCAUAGUAUACACUUCUUUGUAAUCCAGUUGCUGUUAAGAAUUAUUUACUUUAAAGGAAAAGAGAAAACUACAUCGUAGUUCCCUUCUUUACUGUUCAUACAAUGAACAGCUGAGCAUUUAUAAGCAGCACCAAGUGUAUUACAGGCAGGGUGUGGAAUCUUUGCUCUUUGACCUGUGAUUAAAACAUGAACUUGAAUCCUUGUGCAGACUGGUUUCUCUUUGCUUCAAAAUAUGUAGAAUUGUGGUUGAUGAUUAAUUUGCAAGAUUGUACUAACUUUGAGAGCCUCCAGUUUUAUAGAAAACACUUCAUGUUUUAAAAUGAAGGAGCUUACAGAAUGAUACGUUAUUAAUAUAAUUUGGCUUUUGUUAUGCAAAUUGUUAACACCAGCUAUUAAAAUAUAUUUUAGUAGAAAUGCUUUAAUUCAUAUUUUUUCCUCUACACUGUGAAUCUUUAAGCCUUGGUGGACUAGAGCAACAUCGUGCUGCCCAAAGGACUAACCUAUGCAAACUAGUUCACAUUUUAGUGGAUGUCACAGUAAUUGUGUGAUAUGCCGUUAUUUCCCCCGCGUAAUGUACAGCAGCACUGAAAUAACACAUUCAGCCGAGCAUCGUGUAUGUACAGACAGUUACUCACAAGCCCUUCAAGGCUACCAUGAUCAUUAGUAUUAUCAUUUGUGUAAGAGCAGAUUGCUGACUUAUCUAUUGAAACCAUUUGAACGAUGUCAGAACAAGAAUGACAGAUGGAUGCGUCAGCCAUGGCUCCCAAGUGGUCCCUGCAAGUGUUCUCCUGUGAUGAAGCCUCGUGCUCAGAUGCACUCUCUCCAGGGUAUUAUUAUUCUGUGUCUUCUUUCUGUAUUUGUAAAACAUUAUAACGCUUUAAUUUCCUAUCUCUACACACUCGGUUUGCUUAAAUAAAUGCAGGAUGUAACAAAAUGGUUCCACUUGUCAGUUCUCGCCUUGGUUUCUUAGAGCAGUGCUCAUUGAUAAUACCCUGGGUGUGGGUUUAUCGUGACAACUCACGUCAAAUCGCCUCAAAGGUCUGUGCCGGCCUCAGACUGCUUACCUUGGUGAGCCGUUCAGAAUGUGUCUUCCUCCUACACAUAAACCUAGCUUUAAAUGAAAACAAUAGUUUGCUUUUUCAAGCUGAGUCUCUUUCUGAUUUUAUAUCAGAGUGCUACAGUAAUACAUCAUCGUAGUUCACUGCUUCCAAGACUGACUUCCUCAUAUAUCCUCAAUAGUACAACUUUAAUUUUCUUGUGUUUGAAAGAUGAAAGAAACAGCUUGCAGAAAAGAGUAGAAAAUGCUCAAACUGGCUACAUGAAACAGGGAGAUGCUCUGAUUUCCCGUCUCAGAAUGGCUCAUUUAUCAAACAGGAUAAUUGCUUUUCCCCCUAAUUUUCCCAUAGUUGGAAAAAGUGAGUUUGUUCCUUUUUUUGCCCUCAUGUAAAUCUACUGAGACUAGGGUCUUAGCUUUAUUGUGUUAUUUUGUAACAGUUCUUUGAUGGUGCCUAAAUUCUCCUAAUUAUAAACCGAUAAACUCUGCUGAUGACACAUUUAGUGCUCUUGCGCAAAGAAUACCCUUCCUAAUCUUGUUUUUCAUAUUCCAAAAGUAUGAAAUAUUUGUAUGCUAUUAAUCAUUAAACAUACUUAUAAUAUUUCAAAUGG